ACACACCAUGGAGAACUUCUGGAUGUACCAGGUGGAGAAGUUGGAGGAGGAACAAGCCAAGCAGAGGCAGGACGCUGAUCCACAGGAUCAGAAUGAGCCCCCACGUCUGGACUCACCCCCUCCUCCAGGAGCAGAGAUGUCCAGCAGACUCCUGCUGCAGGAUGACAACCUGGAAGCGUCUGCCUCCAGUAAAGAGUCCAGGAAAAUCCCACCGACCUUUCCUGCAUACGUGGAGGUUCCAGGCCCGUGUGACCCAGAAGACCUGAUCAGUGGGAUUCUGUUUGCAGCCAUCUACCGGGGCUCCACCCCCUUGCUGUCAGAAAAGACGCCGUCCCGGAGCGUCCGGACGAAGCAGGCAGAGGAGGCUGUGAACCGCAUCAAGGUCGGUAAAGCGUCUCAGAUGGAGGUGGACCUCUUCAUCUCCACGCAGAGGGUCAAAGUGCUGAACACAGAUUCUCAGGAAACCGUGAUGGACCAGCCCUUACGGAGCGUGGUAUACAUCGCAGACAUCGGGAAUGUGGUGGUUCUGAUGGUCCGAAGAAGGCCGCCUCAGCUCGACUCUCAGGAGUCCCAGGAAGCUCCGGAUCCAGGAGAAGAUGGCAAGAGUCCGUCCAGGAUGACGUGUCACGUGUUUGAAUCCGAGGACGCCCAGAUGAUCGCCCAGUCCAUUGGGCAGGCCUUUAGUGUGGCGUACCAGGAGUUCCUGCGGGUCAGCGGCAUCAAUCCCCGAGACCUGAGCCAGAGGGAGUACAGUGACAUGCUGAGCUCCCCAGACAUGUACAACGAAGACCUGGUCCACUUCUCCAAGUCUGAGAACAGCAGGGCUGUGUCCAUAGAGAAGGAGAGGGGUGAGAUUCUGGGGUUGGCCAUCGUGGAGAGUGGGUGGGGCUCCAUCCUGCCCACCGCCAUCAUCGCCAACAUGAUGCACGGAGGUCCGGCUGAGAGGUCUGGAAAGCUGAACACUGGAGACCAGAUCAUGUCCGUCAAUGGAACCAGCUUGGUGGGAUUGCCGCUGUCCAGCUGCCAGAACAUCAUAAAGGAUCUGAAGAACCAGACUCGGGUCCAGAUGAACGUAGUGAGAUGUCCCCCAGUCACCACGGUUCUCAUCAGACGGCCGGCCCUUCGCCUCCAACUGGGCUUCAGUGUACAGAACGGCAUUAUCUGCAGCCUUGUGCGUGGGGGCAUCGCGGAGCGGGGCGGGGUCAGGGUGGGUCACCGCAUCAUUGAGAUCAACGGCCAGAGCGUGGUGGCAACGCCACACGAGAAGAUUGUCCAUAUCCUGUCCAACGCAGUGGGAAAGAUCCACAUGAAGACCAUGCCUGCAGCCAUGUACCGCCUGCUGACUGCGCAGGAGCAGCCGCUCUUCAUCUGACAGCAGCUCCAGAACUGGACCUGAUCUGCUCAGGCUCUGUGUUAGACUGUCCUCUCUCUCAGG